UUUGCUGUCAGUGGUUGCAUCCUGGAGGUAUAAAGCCCUUGCAGGGGGUGGAGACAGCAGCCGUCUGCCGUCUCAUAUUGAAAACACUGCUGCUUGAAUUCACACCACUGUGCUCGUCAUUGAAAACAACAGAGCUGACUUUGGAUCAGUAACGUUCCAACAUGUGUAGAGGACUUGCUACGCUUCCCGCAACAUGCUUAAAAAGCGCCAAAGACAUCAAAUAUAAAAUAUCCUUCUUACUCCAGAAGCCGGAGCCCCAAACGUCUCAGAGUCAGAUAAAAGUGAAGAGCGAUGUUGCAAAGAGUGGGCCAACUGCAGCUGAGUUGAAGAACUGGAAGGAGUCUUUCAACCAUGUGUUGACCAGUGAGAUGGGUCGUACCGUUUUUGGCAACUUCCUGAAGUCAGAGUUCAGCAAGGAGAAUCUGGACUUCUGGGUCGCCUGCGAAGCCUACAAGAAGACUGCACCUUCUAAGAUGGCGACCAGAGCCAUGCAGAUCUACCAGCAACAUGUUGAGGCUGAUGCGCCCAAUGAGGUGAACUUGGACGCGGCCACCAGAGAGGAAACGAGGAAGAACGUAGAGAACCCCUGUCCCUCUUGUUUCGACGAGGCCCAGCAGAUGAUCUACACCUUGAUGGAGAAAGACUCCUACAGGCGCUUCCUCAACUCCAAACUGAUCCAGGAUCUGUGUAACACAAAGACCACUGCUGCUCAGGAGAAGAAGGAAAAGAACAGUGGCAAGAAUGGGCAGCCCCUAACCGGUGGUGCCUAAACAGCAGAGUGAACACUUAAGACUAGAAGAAGAAUGUGGCAAAGACUGAACAAGUAUGGGGAAGUUAACACUGGUAAAGAUUGGUUUGUUUUUUCUUAAUGUACAAAAAAGUGGUUUUGAAUGUGACAUUCAUUCAUGACUUUAUUUCUGUUUGAUACUCUGAAGUUAUUGUUUCAAAAUAACAAAGGUGGUUGAAUAUAUUUUAACCACUAUGUUUAAAUGUUUGCAGCCUGCUUUUCAAGUCAUGGCCAGGUUAUAUUGAUACUCACAACAGAAAACAAUCUACCUCCACCGAACAGACACACCUUCAUACAACAACUGCUAGUGGAGCCUCUUGUGAGAAGGAUUGUUUUAUUUGACACACAACACAUUGUUAGUUCUUUAACUGACCCAAUUUAACUGUAAAUGAUGAGCGCAUAGAGACUAAGAUCAUACUCUGGGCAAUAUUCUGUGAAAGCUCUAUAAAUGUGAGGAUGACUAACAGUAUUUUAAAACAUUUAUUUAAUUGUAUUAUGAUCUUGGUCAGUAGUCCAGUAUGUUAUAGUGGGUAUCUUACCUGAACAUGUUUACAUGCUUUAAAGUACAAAAAACACAUUCAUUUUUGUACAUUGUCCAACUGAAAAAAACCUGUAUUCAAUCUCUGUUUGAAACACUUUGUUUUAGCGCCUGUCUUUAUUAGGCCUCUCUGUCAGAAAAACAGACUCUUCUUGUUGUUUAGGAGAAAAAACAUCCUUUGAAACCUAUAUUUUCUCACCAAGGCAGCCUAAACAAAUCUGACACAGUCUUCUAUUCUUGUUUUUGGGUCGGUAACCCAAAAUUAGCUUUACAUUACGUACAUGUUCUUCUUCAUUUCCUACUUAAUAUUCAUCAUGCAAGCACAGCAGCAGACAUAUCAUAUUGAUGCCUAUGUUCUCAUCAACUGGAGGAAGUUAUUGAUCUAAAACUGCUAACAACUGCCCGUGCUGUGAUGCAAAUAUUGGCUUUGUCUAAUGGGAAGUUUAAGCAUGAUUUAAUAUUGUAGUAUUGAUCUUCUCCUGGAUGUUUGGUACUUAAACAAAGCAUAGAAGGUCAAAUUGUGACUCAUUCUAUUGAUUUUCCCCGGUUCCCCUGUCAAACGGCUAUGUUCGGGUGUUUAUGACUAUCAUUUGAACAGGGUACUGCAUGGUGUGUUCACUUAAAUUAAAUGUAGUUAUGUGGCCUUGCAUAGGAACAUGUGUUAUCAAAAUGUAUACUGUGAUAAUAGAACACUAGAUACUGUGUGUUGAUAUUUAUUAAAUUAUGUUGUUGUCCUAUUUAUAUAUCACAUCUGUGACCGUUCACAAAUAAAAAUAUGUAUUGAAUG